GGAGUGAGGGACGGGAGAGACUGGGAUCCACCGGCCGUCGCCGCGGAGGAACUCGAGCCCGCCGACGCCGUCCUGCAGCACCACGGUGAAGAGGUUUGGGUCCUUGUGUGGGUGGGAUCCGACUUUCUUGGUCUCGGUGGCCUUGAAGUAGUGGUAAGCUAGCAUUACAUCCCACUGCCUCUCGCUGUUGUAUUGGCGGAGGAGAUCUGGAGGGAGGCCCAGAGCGUCGUUGAUCAGAGUUUCUAUCAAUGGCGCCACCGUCUUGACAAAGUACUCAAAUGUCCUCUCCAUCACCUCCCUGCAAUAUAACGGUUGAUGAAUCUAUCCAUGUGUAGGAAUUUCAUCUUUGUUGGGGGAAAACAAGUUUCAGUUUAGAUCUAAUUGAGGUAGCAAUGAC